AAAAAAAAAAACAAUUUGACAGGUAACCUGACUUUCAAAAAGUACAUAAUCCUAACUAAUAGGAAAACAUUAUUGAUUUCGACUAGUUUUAGCAGCGUUAUGAGAUAAAUACGUAUAUAAUUGAGUAGAUUAUUUUAAAUUGAUGUGCUUUACGUGCCAUAAAUGUUUUUACCUGUGAUUUAAGUGUAUUAAAUAGGGUUUAAUCUUGUAAAUGAUUACAUCGUUUUGUUAUUGUGAUAAGAAUGGGCAACACAAGCAAAAAGCUAGCUUCCCAAUGCGGUUUACUUACUAAGGAGGAGCAGAAAUUUGUUGGCAACACCUUCAAGGCGGCCAGCAAGAACUCCGGACGGAUCCGGGAGGACGACCUCAUCGUGAGUGGGCUACUAGACGCAGUGUUAUUAGAAAAACACUGGGGUCCCCUAAUAGACCCUCGGUUGGCGCAGUACCUCUCCAAUUACUUGUUCGACACGGGGUCUCAAAAGGCGACUACUUGUGAUUUCACCCGCUUCGCAGAACUAUAUGUAUACAAUGUUAGAGGUUCGGUGGACCAGAGGAUGAUGGUGACGUACAGAAGUUUAGGUAACUACAGCGAAAACGACGAACUGCCGUAUCAACUAAUUAAAGAGUACUGCGAAGCAAUAGUGUCCACUUACAUCAAAGUACUGAAGACCUCGGGCGGUAAGCGUGCCGAGAAAUGGAUCGACAAGGGAUUUCGCGGAAAAGCGGCCGCUGUACAAACUCUAGGAGAGGCUGUUGCUAGUACAGUGGGUUCAGACCCUGAUUCACCUCCGCAAGCUGUCAACUCCAAACAACUAUCCAACUGGCUCAUGACGGACACCCUACUGAAGCAUAUGACAGAGACAGUGUAUACGACGCUGUACGGGAUAGAGCGAGAUCACACUACAGACGACGGUCCCCCUUUGGCUGCGGUGCCACCAAUGCUACCCAUGGUGUAUGGUCUGGACUCGAUGCCCGACUACCCCGCGUUCAUCGACUUAUCGCACAUCGCGUGGCUCACCAACAGCAUACCACCACCGCUUCAACAUAAGUGGCGUUUUCUGUUCUCCUCGCACAUACACGGGGAGUCCUUCGCUACCAUGGUCGGUCGCAUCUGUGACCAAGGCGCCUCCAUCAUCAUAGUGGAGGACAACCACGGCCACAUUUUCGGCGGCUUCGCGACCGACUCCUGGGAGAUAGGCCCCAACUUCGUGGGCCACGAGGACUCGUUCCUCUUCACCCUGGCGCCGAAGAUGAGGAUCUACGGCUCUUCGGGCUUCAACAACCAUUACCAGUAUCUCAACCAGCACACCAAAACCUUGCCAAAUGGACUGUUAAUGGGCGGCCAAUUUAACUUCGGAGCAAUCUGGAUCCCCGCAGAUCCAUUCGGAGAAGGAUCCUCGGCAGAAUCCUGUACCACCUACCGCGGCUACAAACGACUCAGCAAAGAAAAGGACUACCGUAUAAGAAGUAUUGAGGUUUGGGCGGUUGGGGACAAGCCUGAAAGCGACAAGGAAUCCGGCGAACGCGACGUAAGCAUUCUAGACACGAACCCAGAAGCGAAGGCGAUUCUCGAGAUGGCCGGCAAGACUCGACACAGCGACGGCGUACGCGAGCCGCCGCCUUUAUAAUGCACCUUAUCGGCUAGUUAAUAAGGUACAUUUCCGUUUAGAAUUUACUUUGGAAAGAUCAGGAAAGCGAUGGCAUACGAUGGUCGCUUUUAUAAUGCACCUUAUCGUUUAGGUAAUAAGGUAUCUUUCCGUUUGAUAAUGAAGCAGUUACAGCUAUCAAUGAGUAAUCUUUAGAAUGAACAAUCUUUAUUAAACCUUACCGGCUAGUUAUUAAGGUGCAUAUCCUUUAAAUUAUUGGAUGCGUUCUCUUCUCCUUUGUCCCAGAAUCGUUAGUUUCGUUUUUGAAUUUGGAACCUUCUUAUUUUAAUCAGUUAAAUUUACGGUUUGGAAUAAAGCCUUUAUAAGGGCCUCUGGGACUGAGGAGGUUAAGCGUCGGAUAACAACGGUACAUAUGAGCUGCUGUAAUUAUAAUGCGCUUUAUUUAAUAGGUAAUAGGGUACAUUUCAGGUACAAAAAAAUCUGUAGAUGUAGUAAAUAUGGCUGGUCCCAAUUUAUAUAAAAAAAUUGCAACGCACAAUUUGGUAAUAUUCGUAGAAUAGAAUUUGUGAAAAGUUUUCAUGCUUGUAAAUAUUCAUCUUAUUAUUUAUAUAUAAAUGCAUAGUUGGAUAAUGAUUCAUUAAAAUAACUUAAAUAGUAUUCAAAUGCAAAAAAGUGUCUCUCAAAGAUGAACAUUAAAGUUGAGUUACUCUGAGAGAUUUUUUUUGGUAAAUAUAAAAUAAUUGUAGUAUUAUACAUGAUCUGUGGAUUAAAAUUAGUUCUAUUUUUUGUAUAUUUUUUGGUUAUUAUUUUUCUUGUUUUAUGAUUUUUCAUUAUUUAUGUUAUAUUUAUCUGUCAACCAUUCAUGUGUCAAUUUAAAAUGUGUGUUGGCAAUAAAAUGUGCUUAUAAUAAAUAGGUGCCUUGUAUGUAAAUUGUUUAAAUGUGUGUGGCACCAAACGAAUCCAUGUAACACCAAAAUAGUAAUAUUCUUUGUAAACAGAAGCGGUCAAAUGUCUUUCAUAUUAGAGUUUUAUACAAUUUUCAAUUUUAGUCCAUCACAUCUCUCGGAAAAUACAUAUAUUUCAAAUUUGCAAUACUUGGUAAGAUGAUAGGUUUUAUGCCGCUGCGUAUAGGGUAACUCGUAAUUUACUGGCCACCUUAUACGAAAAAUGAAUGCUAUUCGGGGGCGUUGUCUCUUGUGGGACGCGACUUGUGUAAGCACCUUUGCCGCGUCCCACCUGAGGCAAACCUCACGGUGUGCUGGCUCGGCGGCGGGACCCGCCGCCAAGCUAAAGCACACCAAAUACUCCGCCCUGGAAUCAAGCUAUGACUUCGUGCCGGUGGCAAUAGAAACCGCGGGGCCCUGGGGCUUUGAGGCUCGGCGUCUGAUUGGUGAACUGGGGAGGCGUCUACGGGAGAGGGGCUGCGACCCCCGCUCUGGAUCGUACCUGGUUCAACAGAUCUCAAUUGCAGUGCAGCGAGGGAAUGCUGCAGGCAUCAUGGGAACUUUUGAGCCGGGUACGAUGCAGGGUGGAGGCGCAUAUUAGACGUUUAGUUUAUUAUUAGUUUUAAUUAUUGUUAUUUAUUAUUAAUACCUUUUGUAUUCUAUUCACAUAUAAACAUAAUUCAUUUAGUAUAAGGUUUCAAUAACUGGCCACCCUUUAGUAACUAGGCACCGUAUACUAAAAUGAAUUCUGUUUAUAGGUGAAUAGAGUUCAUUUUAGUAAAAGGUGGCCAGUUAUUAAACAGUGGCCAGUAAUUGACGCAUUACCCUACUUGCUACUUAACAUUUAAUUUCGUAUCUAAAAUGCUGUAAAAAUAUAUUUUUUCCUUAAUCAAAGAUAAUUUUAGUAUAACAUUUAAUAAGCAUAGUAACUAUGUAUACUAGUCAGCAUAUUUAAGUACAGUCGCAACCUGAAUCAUAUCGAACAUCAUUUUGUUUUCUGUGCGUGUAUAAUACACUACACUGCUCAAUCACACACACACACUAAACACACACACAUAGCUUACUGUACUAAAAUGGUGUUUUUUAAAGACUAGUCACUUCUAGUGAGAGUAAUAGCUGGGGAGCCGGCGAUGCUAAAUGUGUAGUUACUCGAGCGCCGUAGAGACCUAUUGGAAUCGAAAGAUUAUAUGAUAAGAAGAAAAAAACGCUAUAUAAAGUUUUCUUUUCCAGCGAGCAGGAAAGCGUCUACAGAUUAUUUUUAAUUUCGGGGGGUUGGUGGAGGGUUAAAAAAUCGUUGAGUAGAUUGUGGAUUUGGUCGUUUUGGUCCAAGUUAAUGCUAUUAUUUUUCUAUAACUGAAUAUGUCACUUAUUUGUACGCAUUUCCUUAAUCUGACGACCACAAUUUUGACGCCUGAUUUUCACACGCGCGCAUUUCAAUGCGUACAAAUAAUUGUAAGAUUUAGUAAUAGCACAAUUAUAGCAUUAAUUUGGACUAAAAUGACCAAAUCCACAAUCUGCUUAACGAUUUGCUGAACCCCCCACCAACCAACUGCUCAACAUAGACGGCUAAAAUUGGUAAAGGUAAACUCCACGGGGUAGCAAGAUAUCACUCAUAUCUUAAUCUGACGCGCUCGAGUAACUACAAAAAUCCCCUCUUGAGCUCCUCGACCAUAAGGAGAUGUUUGAUUAAAUAUCAAGUGCCAAUGGUUACCUACUAGUUUUAUUGUAGUGUACAGUCGCCAUCAGAUAUAUCAGAGCGG